GCCCCUUCAUCCCCAGUUCGCCCGCACUCCUCUACUACCCGGUCUUCUUCCCUAUUCCUGUCUCAGUCACCCCCAUUCCUAAGAUCCUUGUCCCUUUCUUUCCUUUUUUUUUUUUGAAGACCCUCGUCCCUAGUAUUCCCUAUUUCUCUCUACUUCUGAAAUUCUCCCUCCUCCUGUGGGGUCCUCGUCCGCACUCCCCCAGGCCCCGACCCCCGUAGCAGGAGAACCUCUCACGCCGGGAAGGGCACCUCCCUUUCCCAGAGCCCAGAGGCAGCGCGGGGCACGCCGCGAGCGCACGUAAAGAGCGCAGCGCGUCGGGGCCGCAGUCGGAGGGGAGCCGCGGGGUCCUCCCGCGCCUCGGCAGCCCCCGGGCGCGGUGCAGUCUGGGGGAACAUGGCCGCUUCCGGUCUCCCUCCCGGGCCGGCGCUAGCCUGACCGCGGCCUCGGUCCGGCGCACUCCGCCCUCCGCUGCUCCCGCCCCGCCGCCGCGGAGGUCGCUUCAGCCUUUCCCUCCUGCUGUCCCCGCCGCGCCAUGGAGAAGAGCUCGAGCUGCGAGAGUCUUGGCUCCCAGCCGGCCGCAGCGCGGCCGCCCAGCGUGGAUUCCCUGUCCAGUUAAUGUGUUAAGAGCCAUUGACAUUUGAAGACCAUCAGAAGUGAAGAUAAAACAUCUCAAAAAUUAUAAUUGCUUCCACUUCUCAUUCAGAGAAUUCAGUGCAUACAAAAUCAGCUUCUGUAGUGUCAUCGGAUUCCAUUUCAACUUCUGCAGACAACUUUUCUCCUGAUUUGAGGGUCCUGAGGGAAUCUAACAAAUUAGCAGAAAUGGAAGAACCACCCUUGCUUCCAGGAGAAAAUAUUAAAGACAUGGCCAAAGAUGUAACUUAUAUAUGUCCAUUCACUGGUGCUGUCCGAGGAACUCUGACUGUCACGAAUUACAGGUUAUAUUUUAAAAGCAUGGAACGGGAUCCCCCAUUUGUUUUAGAUGCCUCUCUUGGUGUGAUAAGUAGAGUAGAAAAAAUUGGUGGUGCUUCUAGUCGAGGUGAAAAUUCUUAUGGACUAGAAACUGUGUGUAAGGAUAUUCGGAAUUUACGGUUUGCUCAUAAACCUGAGGGGCGAACAAGAAGAUCCAUCUUUGAGAAUCUAAUGAAAUAUGCUUUUCCUGUCUCUAAUAACCUGCCUCUUUUUGCUUUUGAGUAUAAAGAAGUAUUCCCUGAAAAUGGGUGGAAGCUCUAUGACUCUCUUUUAGAGUAUAGAAGACAGGGAAUCCCGAAUGAAAGCUGGAGAAUAACAAAGAUAAAUGAACGCUAUGAACUUUGUGAUACAUACCCUGCCCUCUUGGUUGUGCCAGCAAAUAUUCCUGAUGAAGAAUUGAAAAGAGUGGCAUCCUUCAGGUCAAGGGGCCGUAUCCCAGUUUUAUCAUGGAUUCAUCCUGAAAGUCAAGCCACUAUCACUCGGUGUAGCCAGCCCAUGGUAGGAGUGAGUGGAAAGAGAAGCAAAGAAGAUGAAAAAUACCUUCAAGCUAUCAUGGACUCCAAUGCCCAGUCUCAUAAAAUCUUUAUAUUUGAUGCCCGGCCAAGUGUCAAUGCUGUUGCCAAUAAGGCGAAGGGUGGAGGUUAUGAGAGUGAAGAUGCCUAUCAAAAUGCAGAACUAGUUUUUCUGGAUAUCCACAAUAUUCAUGUUAUGAGAGAAUCUUUACGAAAACUUAAGGAGAUUGUGUACCCUAACAUUGAGGAGACUCACUGGCUGUCUAACUUGGAAUCUACUCACUGGCUUGAACAUAUUAAGCUCAUUCUUGCAGGCGCUCUUCGGAUCGCUGACAAAGUAGAGUCCGGGAAGACAUCUGUGGUGGUGCACUGCAGCGACGGCUGGGACCGCACGGCCCAGCUGACUUCCCUGGCCAUGCUCAUGCUGGAUGGCUACUAUCGAAGCAUCCGAGGCUUCGAGGUCCUUGUGGAGAAAGAGUGGCUGAGCUUUGGACAUCGAUUUCAGCUUAGACUUGGCCAUGGAGAUAAGAACCAUGCAGAUGCAGACAGAUCACCUGUUUUCCUUCAGUUUAUUGACUGUGUCUGGCAAAUGACAAGACAGUUUCCUACAGCAUUUGAAUUCAAUGAAUAUUUUCUCAUUACCAUUUUGGACCAUCUAUAUAGCUGUUUAUUUGGAACAUUCCUCUGUAACAGUGAACUUCAGAGAGGAAAAGAGAAUCUUCCUAAGAGGACUGUGUCACUGUGGUCUUACAUAAAUAGCCAGCUGGAAGACUUCACUAAUCCUCUCUACGGGAGCUACUCCAAUCAUGUCCUUUACCCGGUAGCCAGCAUGCGCCACCUAGAGCUCUGGGUGGGCUAUUACGUCAGGUGGAAUCCCCGGAUGAAACCGCAGGAGCCCAUUCACAACAGAUAUAAAGAACUUCUUGCUAAACGAGCAGAGCUUCAGAAAAAAGUAGAGGAACUACAGAGAGAGAUUUCCAACCGAUCAACCUCAUCCUCCGAGAGGGCCAGUUCUCCUGCACAGUGUGUCACUCCUGUCCAAACUGUUGUGUGAGGGGACUGUCCGAGGGGGCCGGCAUGGCCAUGAACUCCGCAUUACAGUGGCAGCUUUAGGAGUAUACGGUCUUCUGAAGUUAGAACCCAGCCCCGGGAGAAGUGCAGUUGCUUUAUUUAUUUUAUAUCUCUCCAGGAGGGGUUUAGAACUGUGGCAGUGCAGGUAGCGUACGUGAAAUAACCCCCUAUGUAUUUCCACGAUUAUGACACUAAUCUUCUGAGUCACCCAAAGAAUAUUUAGAUGCUUCAUUACCAGAUCCACGGUGGGAGCAAGUUUCUGAUUUUAAAAUCAAAAUACAGACACUUCGGAAACACACCUCCUGCUGGAAGAGAACUGGCUGCACAGAGGGAAGGAGCAUCCCAGUGAAUCUCAGCGCACUGACACUGCAGUUCCCUGCCAUGACACAUGUUGAGCCUCAACGGCACGAAAGCUCAGAAUCACAUGAUACUCCCUUCCCCUGUCAUGGUUUUUUUUUUUUUCUGUAAUAGUGAUUUACUUUUAUCACCUUUCUGCACCCACACUCUUCAUAUAUGAUAUGGCAAAGAUCUGAGGAUACUAUGGCAUAAUAGUAGUUGAAAAUUAUUGCUGUCCUUACUGGCAUAUGUAUUUAAGAUGUAGUAGAUAGCUGUCCGAAUGGAUGCCUUAGAGAUGUGCUUGGGGGCGGGCGCGGGAUUGAGAGGCAGAAGCAGUAGCUGCCCAGGACUUCAAAGAAUUCCACACCCUUCAGAUUAGUUUCCAUUUGCCCAGUUACUAGAAACAUAAUGAAACAUACUUACAAAUUCAUUAUUCCCUUCCUUUAUUGCAUUUAUGGUUUUUUUUGUGUGUGUCUGAACACAGAAGUUAAUUGGCUGAGUUUUGAGGCAAUAUUUUAAAAGUUUACUAGGAUUGACUUUUUUCCUGAAGUCUGUAUAAAUAGCUUAUGGGUGGGAAAUAUGCUCAAAUUUUACACGAGAUAUUUUACUACUUUACUUUGCAAAAUCUGUAAUUCCACUGAAAGAUUAAGUCUACCAAAGAAUUUACUGCAUGUACAAAUAUGUUACAAUCUCAAUGCCAGUAAAGGAGAUACUGCUUCACUGUUCACCUGCCAGUAACAGUUCAGCACUGGUGUAAACAUUCGACUCCCUGAUACCUUAAGAGCCAUAUGUUAUGUACUGUAACAAAGGAGCUUCUUGUCCCUUGGUUCUUUAAUUAAAAGGAAAUUUCAACUGACUUUUAAAA